GGCCCUCUCAUUCUGAAGGUACUUCCAGAGAGGGGCGGGGCUGAUGGAGCAUUGCUAAGCGACCAUUGCGCGCUGGGUUUGUCGGGUGAAGAAGCGGAGCUGGCACAAGCGCCGGAGAGUAGCUGCGGAAUGGAUCGUGGCCUGUCAGUUUUCUCCAUCCAAGAGAACGCCUUUGGAGAUGCUCCCCUGGGUGGAAGCCACGAUUGGUCAUCCCAAAACCAGACCUGGCAACCCACGACUCUGAGCCCAUCCAGGUCCCAGAGAACCAAGCUCCCACAAGCUCCCAAGGCUGCAACCAACUCCCCUGAACUGUUCAAAGCGUCCUGGCCAUCGAGUUCAGGAACCCCUUCCCCAUCCAUCACCACUGAGAGGGCCUCUCCACCACCUAUCCUGAUUGACAGUGGGGACUCUGUGGUAGCCAAGUAUAUAAACAGGUUCCGCCAAGCUCAGCCCACAAGCCGAGAGGAACGCCAGCCUGCAGGCCCAACCCCAGAUGACUUUUGGUGGCUGCGGCCAGAGUCUUCAGAUCUCAGCAAUCAAUGUGCAAUAGCAGGAGCCAGUGAACGGAAAGAAAAACCCAAAACUGCAAUCCCAGCUCCCGCCAAGGUGGCCAGCACAUCCCAGGUUGUGGCUCCACUUCAGGAAAUAAAGCAGAGACUCAACUCUUGGAACUCAUCGAUGCUGGACCUGGAGACACUAAGCCUACAGAGCAGAGCCUCCAAGCUGCUUAAACGCAGCAAGGCCUCCAUCUCCUCCCCCUCCUCUCUCAGCCCCAGUGAUGCCAGCACUUCCUCCUUCGCAGUCAGCUCAGAUGGCCUCUCUCCCUUUUCUAUGCCCUUCACCCCUGCCACCAGCAAAGACUCUGGCUGCACAGCACCUGCAACCCCAGUACCAGCCCAGGCCCCCACCCCUGCUCCAGCCCCAGCCCCAGCCCCGGCCCCAGCCUCCUCCCAAGAACCCCUUCGGCCAGAAGAGGAUAUUUUAUACCAGUGGCGGCAGCGGCGGAAGCUUGAACAGGCUAGAGGAGGUGAGGGUGAUGGAACCUGGGUGCUGCCCCGGACCCCAGCCCUCAACACUCUGCCUUCUCCUACCCCUGCAGUGACUCCUGGUUCCCUGAGGACCCAGCCUAACUGUGUCCCAGUGUGGGGCAGUGUGGCCCAGCCUGGUACCCAUGAGACCUUGUAUGUGGAGAGGCCUCCUAUACCCCCAGGACCCUCUCCACACAUCAUCUGGGCACCCAGCCCUCAUGGAUUCUUUUGGGCUCCACAGUCCAGUCCCUGGGUACCUCUUGUGACUGUUCCUCCCACGGUGCUCGCUUCUACACAAGCUCCCCAGGCCUCUACCCUAGCUACCCCCGUUCCCACCCCGGCACCUACGGCCUCCAUCCCAGUGCCCUCGGCCUCCACCCCAGUGCCCUCGGUCUCCACCCUGGCUCCCCUGACCCCUACACUAGCCACCCCCAUUCCCACCCUAGCACCCACGGCCUCCACCCCAGUACCCGCGGCCUCCAUCCCAGAGCCCGCGGCCUCCACCCUGGCUCCCCAGGCCUCCACUUUCACGACCCCCACUACCCUUCAGGGCCCGGGCCCGCCUUUCCCUGAACCAAGCAGCCCCGCCCAGCCAGGGAAGCCGGGCUCCAAGCCUCGGAGAUCCAGAGCUUUGCACCCAGAGACUGCUGGUGAGGAGCCUGACCUGCAGCUCAGGGGCGCCUUGGGCCAGGUGGUGACAGCGCGACUGUUCCCUGACUGCCUGGAGGACACGCCCCCUCGCCUUGAGGCCCCGCCUCCAGCGGUAGCAGGAUCUCCAAAAGUCAAAGCCACACACCCGCAAACCCAGGUUUCGCCCCCUUGCCCUGAGAUCACACCCCCUCCAUUGGACACACACUAUAGGUCUAGGGCCCAGUCUCGCAAAGCCAAGGCCAGGCCCGCCCCAGCCGGGUUGGUGCUUCAGAAAGUUAAAACCACUCCCCCAGCUGAAGGCGGAUGUCCACAGCCCAAGGCCCCACCGCCUCCAACCGAGGAGGCGUCCACACACCCCAAGGUUCCGCCACCCGACUUCAGGGUGGGGCCUCUUGAGGCCGUGGCCACGCCCCCGCCGGCGGGUCAGCAGCCCUCAGAGGACUUGCUCUCCCAGGCCGCCCGACUUCUGGAGGCUGCGGAAGGUGAGCGCUUGCCCGGCUCCCUGGGAUCCUGGCGUUGGUUCAGUCUCCUAAGAUUCCGGUGCCCUGGAACUCACCCUUUUCCCACCCAUCCCCCAGACUCCGAUGGCAGCGAGUUUCAGGACGACCCGGUGCUGCGGGUGCUAAGAGCUCAGAGAGCAGAGCUGCGACUGCAGAAAAGGAAAGUGGAUGCCCAAUUGUUGAAAGCGAUGAUGGAGGAUGGGAGAGCAGUGACUGAGAUCAGGGGUCUCUGAUGCCCUCAUGGCUGUGGCAUGCCCGGUUCCUGGGAAUGUUUCUGUGCAAGGGCAGAGGAUACCUAGCUACUGUAGCAGUGUCCUGCAUGAGGAGGCUGUGUACAAGAGCCCUAUCAGUUCUAACCUUGAUCUCAGGCACACAGCUCCUGGGAAGGAAGGAAUUCUUACGCUAGACAACCACAAUGUUUCACCAGCUCUGCUCCAGUUCUUGCCCGCCUUACAAUAACUUUAAACAAUGGACUUUCUUGAGAGCUCCACAAAACUCCUAACAUUGCACUUUGCAACUCUGGAUUGCAACUGAGGAAAAGCUACAUAGAUGUCCUAGUUUCUGUAACUUUAUUGAAUACAAAGAAUAAUGGUUGCAUAGUCUUUAACCUGACAAUGAGACAUACGUAAAUAAAGAUUGGCAUAACUCUUUAGACCUGCAUCUCCAUCAGAGAGCAGAGCUCCACCUGAUCCCAGCUUAAUCUUCAAGAUAUGUGUCUGUGAAUCUUUAUUUUCCAAUCCCCCUUUGCCCCUUGCCGGACCCAAGAGUUUGGUCAUGCUGGACGGGACGCCCAAUUAUCCAACCUGCUGGACCACACUGAAGACCCAGGAUCUUGGUUCCUUCCAACCAGGUCACCCCCCACGUCACCAGGAAGGCGGCUACGGAGGGAAGGAGUUUCUCUUGAAGCUGGACAACUUUCAAUUGUAUAUGAUCUGUUUUUCCCAGUGAAUGUUUUUUUCCAGGUUACUCUUUGUCUCUAAGAAAUGGAUUAUUGUAGAAAGGCCAGGGGUUGUGCCAAUUUAAGAAAAUGUCUCUUCCUCACAAUUCUGACCACUGAAGCAAAAUUUAUUUUCUGGUUUCAUCUGGUCUGGGGAGCCUAGACAAGUCUGAGACCUAAUUUAUCUGACUUCAAGUCAGAAAUGGGUCCUUCUGUCACAGAUGGACAAAGGGACUGUCCUCUAGGUAUGAAGCUAACUAGAUCAUCCAAGUGUUGACCAAUAGUGGAAAUCCUGCUUGUGUCAGCCACGGGGUUUGGUGCAGCUGAUCUCUCCCUCCUUGAAGCACUUCUUACUCUGCUUCCAGAACCUCUCUCAUUACCUUGACUCUUCAUUGCCCAAUGUGUCAACUUUGGUGUUUCCCAUGGCCCUGGCUUUGACUUCUCUAUCUAUACUCUCUCCCAAGUGCUCUGGUCUAACCUAAUGUCUAUAAACUCCAUCUGAUAGUCCUUAAAUUUCUAUCUCUAGUCUAGUCUAGUGUUGAGUUCCUACGUCUUGUUGCCUACUCAACAUCUCCACCCAAAGGUCUAAGAGACUUCUCAAAUUCUGUAGAUCCUCAGAUUCCUAAGCUCCCAACUUUCCCCUUAAACGUGCUCCUCCCUCAUUUUCCUUACCUCCAUUCUUCUAAUUGACAAGCUAAAGCCUUAUAGUUGUUCUUGACUCUUCUUUCCCUCCCACCCACAGUCAAUCAGCAAAUCCUGUCAUUUCUACCUUUAAAAUUGUCCAAAACCCUCUCCUCCUUCCACUACCCUCACCUCAAUUUAGGCUGUCACCACCUCCUACAUGGACUGUUGAAAACUUAUUAUUAAAUGUGUCUGUGCAUUUUUUCUUUUGUACCAGGAAUUGAACCCAGGGUCACUUAACCACUGAGCAACAUCCCCAGCCCUUUUUAUUUUCUAUUUUGAGACGUGGUCUUGCUAAGUCCUUAGGGCCUUGCUUAAGUUGCUGAGGUUGGUCUCAGACUUGUGACCCUCCUGCCUUAACCUCCUGAACUGGAUUAUAGGCCUGUGCCAAGAGGUAGUCAAUGUUCCUUCCCUUUGAAUCAGCCUCUCCACACAUAGAAUACAGAGGAAGGGGUACAGCUUAACUUCCCAAACUCAGAAAAGAUGAUAUCGUCCACUUGAUUUCCUUUUGCUCCUUCUCUGAUACUUGUUUUAGAGACCUUUUUAAAAAAAAAAAAAACUGAUUGGCCAUGAGGGGAUGGAUUACACACUUAUCAAA